AUGUCAACAACACAGCGAAGUGAGGGUAUGAAUGCAUUCUUCGAUGGAUAUGUACACUCGAAAACCUCGUUGAAGCAAUUUGUUGAACAAUAUGAGCGGGCAAUGAGGUGUAAGGUAGAAAAGGAGUUUCAGGCUGACGUUAAGUCAUUUUCUCAAAUGAUCCCAUGUGCAUCGAAAUAUCCCAUGGAGAAACAAUUUCAAGAAGUCUACACAAUGGCAAAAUUCAAGGAGUUUCAAGAAGAGUUCACUGGGACGAUGUAUUGCACGAUUGUGUCUGCCGAAGAGGGAUCAUUGGGUAUGAGCUGUCACAUGUUUGAGUUUAAGGGAAUAAUUUGUAGACAUGUUGUGACAACAUUGAUCCACAAUGGUGUCAGAUCAAUUCCUGAGAGUCAGUUUUCCAAGGUAGCUGACUUGGUAGCAAAUGACGAAGAACGAACUCGGGCAACCAUGGAGUGGAUCCAGUCUCAAUUGAAUACAUUGAGUAUAUCUUAUGCGAAGCUAAGUUGUGAUAGUAAUAUCUAUGUUGAACAUAGUGUGCAAGAACAAAUCCCUAAUUAUGAAGAGACAGCAACAGCUUUAAGCGGGCAAAUAAUGGAUCCGAGAUGCUCCCAGACAAAGGGAGCCCCUAGGAAGCUUCACAAUAAAGGCCCAUUGGAAACAAGUACUAAGAAAGCGAAGGUGGGAUCCUCGAAAUCAAGUAAAGGCAAGGCCCCUAGGAAAAACAUUGUUCAAGAUGCUCAACCAUUCAAUCAAACUUUUCUACAAGAUGCACAAUAUCAUGCGCUCCCACCAAUCUCCUACACACAACAUAUGUUGACUACAAUGCCUCAAACUUGGAAUGCUGCUCACAAAAUGCCUAUGGUUCCAACAUUUGGCACGGCUCAGCCUUUUGUGCCAAUGUACCCACCCUACCAACAGUCAAAUGACAACUUGCCAGAUUUUUGA